UAUCCUGAAGCAAUAAUCUCAAGUGUUCCCUCACUCCUUGGAGUCUUGAUGACAUGGGCACUCGGGAAGGGGUUCUUCCCACCUGGGACACUGAGACCACCUGCCCUCCUUCCAGACUGGCCCCAGGACUGUGGUAUGGCUCCACUCCAUCAUUCCAGCUCUGCUGAGAGGAUCAUCCAGGGCAGGGAGGCCAUACCUCAUUCAUGGCCUUGGCAAGUAUCCUUGCAGGUACAUAGCAUCAAGAUUUUGUUUUAUGCUGCCUCAAACAUGUUGGGGCAUCUUCUCUCCUCUCCUUACUUUCAGGCUCGAGUUCAAGGGAGCCACAGAUUUGUUCAUGUCUGUGGGGGGACCCUGAUCCAUCCCAGCUGGGUCCUUACUGCAGCUCACUGCUUUUCUGGGGGGAAGAUGGAUGAUGUUGCCAACUGGCGCAUUGUGCUGGGCAAACACCGGCUCAACGAAACAGAGGCCACGCAGAAAGUGUACUACGUGAAACGGAUAUACCGGCACGAGCACUUCCACUAUCCACACCUGGACCAGCUGAACAAUGAUAUUGCUCUGGUCCGGCCUGUGCAGGACAUCCCCAGCAGUCCCUAUGUGCACUAUGCCUGUCUACCUGCCUCCGGAGGCCAGGACCCCAGGCCUGGCCAGCUCUGCUGGGUCACUGGCUGGGGAGGGACCCAAGGUGGGGAGGAGAACUCGACUUUGUCUAAUGUUCUGAACCAAGCCCAGAUGCCUAUCAUGGAUUUCACUACUUGUCAACAGGAAAAAGUCUGGGGAGAUAGAGUAAGCCCAACUAUGUUAUGUGUGGGCUUCCAAGAUCUCCAGGAGGCUCCUGCUGCAUGCCAGGGAGACUCAGGGGGCCCUUUGCUUUGCCAGAUGGGAAAGAAUGAGUGGGAAGUCCACGGCAUUGCCAGCUUUGGGCCUGUUGGCUGUAGGGCUGAGAACAAGCCCAGCGUCUUUACCAGGACUGCUUCCUAUAGGCCAUGGAUUGAGGCCACCAGAAUCCGUGAUUUUUUCUUCUACUGAAUUUGAAAGGGAUAGUAUACAGAUAUUCAGGCUUCCUCCUUGUCAAAUAAGAUCAACUCAGGAAAUAAGAUAAAAGAUUUUAUUAGUACACCAAAGCAGCUUGCAGUUAGAGUAAGGCUUGCCUGGAAUUCAACCUACGUUCUGCUUUUAUAGAUGAGAGUCACCAACUUGCACUUAAGGGCAAGAUAAUCCCAGUUAGUCCAUAUUUUAUGAGGAGGUGGGAUUAGU